AUGGCCGACGAAGAUCUCAACCCUCACGAGUGGGAAAAGCCCGCUUGGGCAAAGGAUGGACCGAAGCUGAAGUCAACAGGAAAGGCCGAUAAAAUGAAGGAAGGAAACUUGGCUGCUGAGAUUACCCAUGUGAACAAGAACAAGGAUGCAAGUCGAGAUAUCAACGCAGCUGCAAACUCUGAGGUUUUGCAUUCUGGAGGUGGCGGUGAUGACAAGGACGUCUCUUGGGAGAAGCCAUCAUGGACCAAAGAUGCAGGCUUGAAGAACACCGGUAAAGGGUAUGUAGGAACUGUUUCUUUAGAAGGGUUCUCAAUGCGUCGUGCAAAUAAAAUAGUACCGGUUCUGGUAUGGGCCGCUCUGAGAGGAUAA